CAAAAGCUUGUUUUUUUUGCCCCCCCCCCGUUGCUUGACCUCGACAGCGAGGAGAGAGAACUACAAGGUGUCAGAGCGUCUGCACACGCUCUCCUCCACAUGCUCUCAUGCUGCCUCGCGCCUCCACAUCUCUUCCGCCCUGCCUCCCAUUCUCCCGCUUGUUAUUCUGCCCGCUUUCUCCUCCGUCCGGGUGUCGCGAUGUCCACGUGAGGUGCGCGGCUGCGACUUGUGCCAGAUUAAAGACAAAAGCGGGGGCACAUGCUCGAUGAGGAGGUGAAGGAGAAGAAGAAGAAGAAGAAGAAGAAGAAAAAGAAGAAAAGGAGGAGGAGGCUGCUUAAACGUGCUCACAGGCUGCCGCUGUUGUUUUUCCCCUGUGAGUGCCUUCGUCCUGAGCAGAGCAACAGCAUGGAUCUCUCCUUCAUGGCCGCGCAGAUCCCAGUUAUGACGGGAGCCUUCAUGGACUCGUCGCCGAACGACGACUACAGCGGCGAGCACUCGCUCUUCAACUCGUCGGCCAGCGUCCACGCCGCCGCCUCCGCCGCCUCUGUGCAAGGCCAGCAGGACGAGUCGCAGUCCAUGUCCAGUGACGCCAUCUGGCUUUGGAUCGCCAUCGUCGCCACCAUUGGGAACAUCGUGGUGGUAGGCGUGGUCUAUGCCUGCACUUUCUGAUGCGCAAAGACCCAAUUCUUUGGGAACAUGUCCGGUUUUCCCGAGGGUCAGAGCGAAAGACUCGUUUCGUUGGACUCUACGAUUCUCUUGGAAACGGGACACCGAGAACCACUGGAACUUUAAUUCCUGCUAAGUUCGUUUCCAUGUCUCCCCUCAGUUGCCAUGCGGAGAUGGAGAUGCGAAUGGAUGUUAAAUGGGGCUUGAGAUCCGGGUUGAUCUGGGGCCAUCGCGAGCUUCCGCUGCCGCGAAGUAAUUUAGGACAGCACGGUUUAAUUAUGCCCCUGAACAUGGAUGGUGAAUCUUAAAAAAUUCAGAAGGCACUGGGAUUAUUUUCAUCUGAGGCGGCCCUGAGGCCCAACGCCAUUAGGCUUCAUAUAAGGAUACUUUGUGGACAUACAAAAAGUGAACAUUUCAACAUGGCUCAACUCCGCUUACCGCACACUGAAAAUCACACGACCAUCACAUUAUCAAAGCCCAUAUUUAACGAUGCAAUAACUCAAUUAGCACGACAACUUCCUCUUAUCCACACUGCUGAACAUUAUUAACCAGACGCUAUCUUCCACAGCUUUGGACCUACAGUACUGGACCUUCUCCCAGUUUUUGCAGCAAGCUGACAAGCUGCUUGCCGUGACCUUGAGGUGUUCAUUAGGACCAGCAAGUUAUGAUUUCCCUCCUAAAAACCUGCUAUUAUUGUCAUGAAGUGAUUAUGUUAGCCAGUGGCCACAACAUUGAUUAGUGUAAUGAUGCCUAGAGAGGAAUCAAUUUAACGAUGUGUGGUUUUGCAGGGGUGUAGAACCUACUGCCUUUCGCUAAAUAUUGUCAAGAAAAUAUGAGAAACAAACUAAAACCUACAAUGAACAUAUUGUUUAACAAAUAUAAUUAUGACAGGGUCAAUCAACACUGAGCAUUGUCAUAUUUGUUUCAGUUGGAUGUAUUGGAUCUCAUUAGAAUGUACACUAUAUUGCCAAAAGUAUUUGGCCACCUGCCUUGACUCACAUAUGAACUUGAAGUGCCAGCCCAUUCCUAACCCAUAGGGUCCACUUUUUGCAGCUAUUACAUCUUCAACUCUUCUGGGAAGGCUGUCCACAAGGUUGCGGAGUGUGUUUAUGGGAAUUUUCCACCAUUGAGGUCACACACUGAUGUUGGUCGAGAAGGCCUGGCUCUAAGUCUCCGUUCUAAUUCAUCCCAAAGGUGUUCUAUGGGGGUCAGGUCAGGACUCUGUGCAGGCCAGUCAAGUUCAUCCACACCAUGACUCUGUCAUUCAUGUCUUAAUGGACCUUGCUUUGUGCGCUGGUGCACAGUCAUGUUGGAAGAGGAAUGGGCCCGCUCCAAACUGUUCCCACAAGGUUGGGAGCAUGGAAUUGUCCAACAUGUUUUGGUAUCCUGGAGCAUUCGAAGUUCCUUUCACUGGAACUAAGGGGGCCAAGCCCAACUCCUGCAAAACAACCCCACACCAUAAUUCCUCUUCCACCAAAUUUCACAUUCGGCACGAUGCAGUCCGAAAUGUAGUGUUCUCCUGGCAACCUCCAAACCCAGACUGGCCCAUCAAAUUGCCAGAUGGAAAAGCGUGACUCAUCAGUCCAGAGAAGGCGUCUCCACUGCUCUAGAGUCCAGUGGCGACGUGCUUUACACCACUGCAUCCCACGCUUUGCAUUGGACUUGGUGAUGUAUGGCUUAGAUGCAGCUGUUCCGCCAUGGAAAUUAAUUCCAUGAAGCUCUCUGCGUACUGCACGUGGGCUAAUUGGAAGGUCACAUGAUGUUUGGAGCUCUGUAGCAACUGACUGUGCAGAAAGUCUUUGCACUAUGCGUUUCAGCAUCCGCUGACCCCUCUCUGUCAGUUUACGUGGCCUACCACUUGGUGGCUGAGUUGCUGUUGUUCCCAAACUCUUCCAUGUUCUUAUAAUAAAGCCGACAGUUGACUUUGCAAUAUUUAGGAGCGAGGACAUUUCAGGACUGGAUUUGUUGCACAGGUGGCAUCCUAUGACAGUUCCACGCUGGAAAUCACUGAGAGCGGCCCAUUCUUUCACAAAUGUUUGUAGGAACAGUCUCCAUGCCUAAGUGCUUGAUUUUAUACACCUGUGAUUAGCACACCUGAUUCUGAUCAUUCUGAUGGGUGGCCAAAUACUUUUGGCAAUACAGUGUACCUAAUGUUGUGGUCAGGAAAAAGGAGGUACGUGCAUUUGACUUUAUCUCCAUCGAAUAUAGUUUAAAUCAGAGUCGUGUAUAAAGAGAGUAUGGCCAACCCGGAUUCAGGCGAUCUUUCUCAAUGAUCGGUC